AUGGCUAGAAAGAAAGUCACCCUUGCAUACAUCGAAGUCGACUCUGAGAGGAAAGCCUCUCUCCGAAAACGUAAGAGAGGCUUAAUGAACAAGGCCCGAGAAAUCGGGACGUUGUGUGAUGUCCCGGUAUGCGUCAUAGUGUACAGCCCGUUUGACGAGGAGGCAGAGGUGUACCCAUCGCGGGCCGAGGCCCAAGCUGUUGUGGGUCGCUUCUACAGGCUCUCAGAGGCUGAACGGACUCGGAAGAUGGUGAAUCAAGAAACUUUCACUCAACAGCGCAUACUGAAGGCACAGGCGCAGCUGAGCAGGCUCCACAGGGAGAAGAGGCGUCGGGAGCUGGAGAAGUACGUGUACAGAUGUAUGGGAGGGAGCGCGAGAAUUGAAGACGUGGAGGCAAGUGACGUGAAGGAGAUUGGUUGGGUCAUAAACGAGGUCCUUAGGGACAUUACGUCCCGGAUGGAGAAGGUGAAAGGAAAGGCCAAGGAGGAAGAAAAUGAGGAAGAGACGGAGGAAAAGGAGGAGGAUAGGCUGAAUAGCUAUAUGUUGAGCAUAGCGGAUAGCCUGACGGAGCUCCAACGGAUUGGGAGUAGUCGAGAUGAGGUGGGGUGGGACCUGUCGGCUUUGGCGUAUCCGUACAUGUUCAACAACGCGCAAGGAUCUGGAGGGCAGCAGCGCUAG